GAAGGCUCUCUACAAACACACAAUCAUAAUACUACUACACUCCUCUCUCUGUGUGUUUGUGUCAUCUUCUUCCUUCUAUUCCAUCUUUAUCUUCUUAGUUCUACAGCUUUAUCCCGAUUUUUUUUCAAAUGAAAAACCAUUGAUUAGCGGUCUGGGGUAAGGAUCUUCAAUCUAUUGGAGAUGGGUCGUUUUCGAUUUUGCAAUCGAUCGUUAAACGACGCCAUUGUAGCUCUGUUAUUGUCAACACUCCCGUUGAUGUGUUUAGGGAUUCGUUAUUUUCCGGCGAAUGGAGAGAUGGAUAUUAAUUCGGGAUCUGAUGUUUUAUUUGGUUUUACUGAAGCGCCGGAGUACCGAAACGGCGUUGGCUGCUCGCGUGAUAGUAUUCACGUCGCAAUGACGAUCGACUUGGAGUACUUACGUGGCUCAAUAGCCGCCGUACACUCCAUCCUUCGCCACGCUUCAUGCCCGGAAAACGUGUUUUUCCAUUUUAUCGCCGCCGAGUUCGACCCGGCAAAUCCACGGGACUUGACUCGGCUCGUCAGAUCUACCUUCCCAUCGCUUAACUUCAAGGUCUAUAUCUUCCGUGAAGACACAGUCAUAAAUCUGAUUUCGUCCUCGAUCCGGGUCGCACUCGAGAACCCGUUGAAUUACGCCCGGAACUAUUUGGGCGAUAUACUUGACCCGUAUGUGGAUCGAGUCAUUUACCUCGAUUCCGACGUCGAAUUCGUUACAGUUCAAUAUUGA